AUGAAGAAAAAAAGUUACUAUGAUGUUUUAGGAGUAUCAGAAGGUGCCUCAGAGGAGGAAAUUAAAAAAGCCUAUCGCCAAGCGGCCUUAAAAUGGCAUCCCGACCGGCAUCCUCCUGAAAAAAAGACCGAAGCGGAGGAAAAGAUGAAAGAGAUUAAUGAGGCUUAUGGAGUUUUAAGUAAUUCUGAAAAACGCCGGAAUUAUGACCAAUAUGGAAGCGAAAAUCCUUUUGGGCAAAAUGCUUCGACGGGAGAAUUCGGACAAGGAGAGUCAAUUUUUAAAGAUAUUUUUAAUACUUUUUUUGGCAGAGGAGCAGGCUAUUCUGGGCAAGAAAGUUAUUCUGGAAACCAAACUAAGACUCAAGCAGGAGAUGAUAUUUUGAUUGACUUAAUUUUGACUUUUAAGGAAUCAGUACUAGGAGUAAAGAAAAAAAUUUCGACUUAUCUAGAAAAAGCGUGCAAUAUUUGUCGACAAACUGGAGCUGCAGCUUUGUCAGAUGUGGUGGAUUGUCCGGCUUGUCGAGGAAGGGGGGUGGUUAACACUAUUCAAAGAACUAUUUUGGGAACUAUUCGUAAUCAAGUUACUUGUUCACAGUGUCAAGGAAGUGGUAAAAAAAUCAGAAAAAAAUGCGGAUAUUGCGGAGGAAGGAAGUUCACAAAACAAAAAGAAAUUAUUGAACUUAGCAUUCCGCGCGGAAUUCAACUAGACAAGCGGCUUCGUUACCAAGGCAUAGGUAAUGAUGGUUGGUAUGGAGGAGGAAAAGAUGCCAUUUUAGGGGGAAAUUUAAAAGUAAUUACUCUUGAAGGGGUGGAUAAAGUAGAGAUCGCGCCCGGAGUUCAAAACGGAGAUAGGCUGACUUUGCGUGGUCGUGGAUUGCUCGAUCAAAUUGAGAUAGUGGUUGAAGAAAUCGAAGCCAUAAUUAGUAAGUUGAAUAGCGUUGAUUUUGCGGAGGAAGAAACCAUUCUUGAACAAGAAAGAAAAGUUAUGAUUCAAAAAUACAGUGACUUGAGAGAGGAUUUCAGAAAAGAGAAAGAGGGUGUUUCUCGGCAAUUAGAAAAGAGUACUGUUUCAGUGACUCCUUUACAACAAAAAGUUCCAAAAGAAGGUUAUUGUUAUUUCUGUGAUACAAAAAUUUCUUUAGGUGUUCCUUACCAAUUUUCUAAAGAAGAACAAAAAGUUUUGGAGGUUGAAAUUGCAGAGAAGGCGGGAUUUUGUUCGAAAGAAUGUUUGUUAGGUCAUUGUAAAGAGUAUAAGAAGAGGGAAAAUCUCUACCGAGAGGAAGAAAAAAAAGUUGAGCAAAAAAUUGAAAAUGAUAAAAAAUUGGUUGUUGGAACAAGGGACGAGGAAGAAAUUGAUGGUGCUGAAUAA